AUGGACGCCUCCUCCCUCCGCAUCUCCAAGUUCGAUGGAACUAACUUCCACGCCUGGAAGUUCAAGAUGCAGAUGGUGCUGGAGGAACGGGACCUAUGGGAGGUCGUCAGCGGUGAGAUCAAGGCGGAACAGUGCGAGACUCAGUUGGACCAAGCGACGUACAAGAGGAAGUCAAGAAAGGCGAUGGCAGUGAUCUGUCUGGCCAUGGAAGAUUCCCAGCUACCGUUGGUCCGGUCGGCAAGUGGUGCAUGCGACGCAUGGUCAAGGUUGGAAGACCACUUCGAGAAGAAGAGUCUUGCCGACAAGCUGUUCUUGCUGAUGAACUUUAGACUUCUUGGUCCGAGUGCAAAACGCAAAGUGAAUAUAUAUUUAUAA